CGCCAUUAUAUCUGCCCGCGCCACGGUCGCCGCCACCUUGCUUAGACAGCACCCGUUCUUGCGACUUGCGAGAUGAGGGGUAUGGGCGACGACGGCAUGGGGCCGAUGGCGAUGACGCCGCCGCACCCCGGCCACGCCGCGGCGGCGGGGGCGCUGCCGCCGCCGCCGCCGGCACAGCACAAGAUGGCGACGAUGAUGCACAUGACCUUCUUCUGGGGCGACCGCGCGGUGGUCCUGUUCACGGGUUGGCCGGGGGAGCGCGGCGCGGGGAUGUACGCCCUCUGCCUCCUCUUCGUGCUCGCGCUCGCCGCGCUCACCGAGGGGCUCUCCGUGCUCUCGCGCCGCCUCGCCCGCCGCGGCGCCCCCGGCGGCGGCGGCCCGGCCCCGGCGUCCUCCGCGGCGCUGCUGACGGCGGUGCACGCGGCCAGGAUGGGGAUGGCGUACCUGGUGAUGCUGGCCGUCAUGUCGUUCAACGUGGGCGUGCUCCUCGCGGCGGUCGCCGGCCACGCCCUCGGGUUCCUCCUCGCGCGGAGCAGGGUGCGCCCGGGCGCCGGCGCCGGCGGUGCGGCGGCCCGUGAGCACGGUGGGCUCCCUCCACCGGAUGGAUCCAAGACUUAGUCUCCAUCGAUUCCGUUAAACGAGCUUGUCCAAACCAUAGCCAGCACAGACGCAAUGCACUGUAUCGGAUCCAAUGUGCACCACACCACUAGUAAACCUUGGAUGUCUCGCUAAAAUAAUUAUGAUUUGUCGACUUGCUUGGCAUCUGAUGAUUCUGAUCCAGUGCAGUGCAGUCUCCUCUAGUCAUUGUACUACUACUAUAGUUGUUUUCUUUGUAGCUUAGCUAUGGUUCAAGAUGGAAUUAUAGUUGAUGACUUGAUUGUGUCUUCUCAAUGGUUGAAUGAUUUGUUAGCACAGAAGAAUGACCAGGUUCAUGAGUGUUACUACUACGAACUGCUUGCAACUGUGUCUGCACUCUGCGCUUCACGUUCACUGCGUAAGUACUACUAGUUGACUGGACUGCCUGAAGGAGGAGGUAUCUUCAGAAGUGUACUGUAACGGCUUAUUACUGGAUAUGAUGUAAACUGGCAAAAUUGUUCGUGCCCUCAAAUCUUACGAAUUACUAUCUUUUCUGUCUGAAAAGAAGAUGCAGACCCUUUAA